AUGGUGGGCCGGCACAUAUGGUUGCGAGCCGAAGCGUCCGCCACUCGGCCGUCGCGCGGCGAUUCAGCAAAUCUCGAAACUGAUCGACGCACACCACUCGUGCCUGGCGAUGCCCGGCUUCUCAUCGAGGCAGGCUACUUGGUCACAGUGGAGAGGUCCGAGCAGCGCGUGUUCCCCGAUGCCGAAUACGGUGCCGUUGGGUGCACGCUGGUCGAGGCCGGUGCCUGGCGGGAAGCGCCCAAGGACGCGCUGGUGCUGGGCAUCCGCGCGCCUCAGGGCCUGAGCGUGGACUGCGCCGGGCUGGAGCGCGUGCACAUGUACUUCGGCCACGCCUACAAGGGCCAGCAGGGCGCCGCCCAUCGCCUCGCGCCGUUCGUGCGCGGAGGCGGACUCCUGCUCGACCUCGAGUUCGUCAACGAUCCCGUGACCGGCGCUCGCCUCACGUCCUUCGGUCCCUCGGCCGGCAUCAUCGCCACCGCUGCGGCCGUGCUGGUGCGUGUGGGUAUGGCGGUGCCGGAGGAUCUUUUGCAUCGGGUGGAGGGCGUGUCCCUCAUCGCGCACAUCAAGGCCCUCCUCCAGCUGGCCACCACCUUCGCCAAGAAGGCCCCUCGUGCCGUCAUUAUCGGACCCCGCGGUCGCGUGGGCUCGAAGGCCGUGGAGAUGGCCGGCGAGCUGGGCAUCGAGGUCGCCCUCUGGGGUCGCGAACAGACCGUGGGCGAGGGACCCUUCCCUGCGCUCCUCGACUUCGACAUCCUCAUCAACGCCAUCAGCUUGGGCACGGAGAUGGUUGGCCCGUUCGUCACCCACGAGGCCAUCCGCCGUGGCGACCGCAGGCUGGCCGUCGUUGUCGACGUGGCGUGUGACGUCAGCAACCCCAACAACCCCCUCCCCAUCUACGACCGCACCACCACCUUCGAGCGCCCCGCUCUGCGCGUGCUCGACGGCGACGCCACCAAGGAUCUGCCGCCAUUGGACGUCAUAGCGAUCCCUACGCUGCCUGCGCUGGUGCCCUCGCUGUCGUCGGCCGAUUUUAGCGCGCAGCUCCGUCCGCUGCUCCUGCGGUUGGACGCUCUGGAGGCCGAUCCGGUGUGGUCCCGCACCCGCGCCGCCUUCGACCUCCAUUCGGCUUGGCUCAGGCCGGCCAGUGUCGACAGCAGCGUUGGCGAGAGCGUAGAGGGCAUCCUCCCCGUCGUGCUCUCUUUCGCGCAGGAGCGCGAAGCCAAGCGCCCGGCGCGACCGCCCGUGGUGCUCGCCCUGCACGCGCCGGCUGACGUCACGCCAGCUCAGUUCCAGGCUGCGCUCAUGGGUCUGGUGGCGCGUCAUGCCGCGCUGCGCACGUGCUUCCGCCAUGUCGCGGAGGACGGCCACAAGAAGCUGGUGGCCUUCGUCAAGCACGCCAAGCAGAUCGACGUGGCUUCGCUGCUGCAGGUCGUGCCGACCGGCGACGCCCACGAACUCGUCACGCAACAGCAGGCUGUGACCUUCGAUCUCGAGAAGACUGAAGGCCCGCUGUUUCGCGUGGUGCUGCGCCUCGGCAGCGACAGCGGCGAGCGACCGGUGGUGGUCAUCGCCGCCGACCGGCUGGUCGCCGAUGCCCACUCGCUCCAUCUCAUCGCCCGCGAGCUGCUUCAGGCUUCGGAGCCCAAGCCCGAGACGACGCCCUAUACCAACUACGCCCUGUGGCAACGCCGGCUGCACGAGCUCGCCGAUGACGAGGACGUGGCCACCCAGGAGGCCGGCUACUGGCGCGAGCAGGUCACCUACUGGCGCGAACGCCUGACCCUGCGCCCGCCCACAAUCCAGCUGCCCAACGACCGUCCUCGCCCGGCUGUGCCCGAUUGGCGCUGCGGCGCCGAGCAGCUCACCCUCGAGCCCGCCCUGUGGUCGCGCGUGGCCGCGCUGGCGGCCCAGCUGGCCGGCCCCACGGCGUCGCAUUCAAUUCGUGCCGAUCCCAUCCUCGGCGGCUCGAUCGCCAUCAUCACCGCCGCGUGGGUGGUGCUCAGCCGGUGGGCCGGCGAGGAGGACGUCGCCGCUGCGUGCUUCGCAUUCCGACCCCUCCCGCACACCGUGGGUCCGCUGGCGCGUCCGCUGCCGCUGCGGUGCCACGUGCACUCCAAGCUGAGCUUCCCGUCGCUCUUCGCCAAUCUGAUCGAGACCCUGAGCCAGGCCGUCCACCACCAGGACGCCGCGGCGGAGUCGUUCACCGCCGAAGCGGGCGAGGACGUGUCGCCCAUCAGCUUCGUCCUGCCGGGCGCCAUGCCCACCAUCGCCCACCAACAGCAGGCGGAGGGCCUCCACCUUCUCGCGCCGCUCUCCCCCUACGACCUCAGCUUCCACCUCCAGGCCACCCCCAGCUCGCAAGUGGAGGCUACAGUGCUGUUCAACCAGGGCCUCUACCACCCCGAGCGCGCUCGCGAGCUCAUUCGCCAGAUCCGCUCCCUCCUUUCGCAGGUGGUGGAGCUGGAUGAGACUGCGCUGGCCAAGGCCGGUUUGGGCGACUAUUCGCUGGUGACCGAGUUCGGGCGGAGCGUGCUGCCAGUGCCGGAUGCCGAUCUGGAUACCACGUGGGAGGGUCCCAUCCACCACUUCCUCACCAAGCACGCCCAGUCGGGCCCCGACCUCCCGGCCAUCUCCUACAACAACCAGGUGGUCACCUACAAGCAGCUCGAGGAGCGCAGCAACCGCGUGGCGCACUACUUGCUGCAGCAGAAUGUGGGCAGGGAGCAGCCGGUGGUGAUCUACGGCCACCGCUCGCCCGCCGUCGUCGUCGCCAUCCUCGCCGCCCUCAAGGCCGGCGCGGCGUACUCCAUGGUGGACCCCAAGUACCCGGCGUCGCGCAUCAUCGACUGCGUGACGGUGGCCAAGGCGCGCGCCUGGCUCCAGAUCUCCGAGGCCGGCAGCCCGCCCGCCGAAGUCCAGGAGUUCCUCGGCACCCUCGGGCUCGCCUGUCAGGCGCAGGUGCCGAACGAGCCGAGCGAGUUCGAGAACCUGUACGGCGGCUUCAGCGUCGCACCGCCGGAGGUCGAUGUGGGUCCCAACGACGUGGCCAUCGUGACCUUCACGUCGGGCUCCACCGGCCUGCCCAAGGGCGUGAUGGGCCGCCAUCUGCCCCUCACCCACUUCUACCCCUGGAUGGCGACGCGGUUUGGCAUCGGGGAGGGCGAUCGCUUUUCGCUGUGCUCGGGCAUAGCGCACGACCCGCUGCAGCGGGACAUCUUCACGCCCAUCUUCUUCGGCGCGCAGAUCUACAUCCCGCUGGAGGACGACAUCGGCACGCCCGGCGCGCUCGCCAAGUGGUUCGCCGAACAGCAGAUCAACGUGGCGUGCCUGACGCCGGCCAUGGGCCAGCUGCUGAUCACGGUGGAGGACGACUCGUUCAAGAUCGACUCGCUCCGUGCCGUGUUCUUCGUGGGCGAUCUGCUCAUCAAGCGCGACGUCGCGCGUCUGCGCAGAAUGGCGCCCCGAGCGCAGAUCAUCAACAUGUACGGCUCCACAGAGACCCAGCGCUCCGUCGGCUAUUGGGUCGUGCCCUCCGACGAGGAGGUGCGACCGAUGAAGGAGGUGAUGCCGUGCGGAGAGGGCAUGAAGGACGUGCAGCUGCUGAUCAUUAACGAGGCUGGCCAGCUGGCGGGCGUGGGCGAGGUGGCCGAGAUCUACGUGCGGUCGCCCCACCUGGCGCGCGGCUACGUCGGGCUCGACGCCGAAACCCGCGCCAAGUUCCUGCCCAACCCGCUGGGCAAGGGCCUCGAGUGGGACCGCGCCUACCGCACCGGCGAUCUCGGCCGCUACAACACCAAGGGCGAGGUGGAGUGCAGCGGGAGAGCCGACGAUCAGGUGAAGAUCCGCGGAUUCCGCAUUGAGCUGGGCGAGGUCAACGCCGCGCUGGCCCAGCACCCCCUGGUGAAGGAGAACGUCACCGUCCUCCGCACCGACCGCGCCGGCGACAAGCACCUGGUGUCCUACAUCGUACCCGCGUCGCGGGCCGCCGCCGCCGCAACCGACGACACGCCGGCCACCACCCACGCGCACCAGCUCGAGAAGGACUGCCGCGAUUUCCUGCGGACGCGACUGCCCCAGUACAUGGUGCCGCGUCGGGUGAUCGUGCUGCGCGCGCUGCCGCUGACGCCCAACGGCAAGAUCAACCGCCAGGGCCUGCCCGACCCCUUCCAGGAGCCUGAGGCCGAAGCGGAGAAGCAGGGCGCCGAUUCCGAGAGCGACAUCGUGCGGGUGCUGUCGGACACGGAGCGUGGGCUGCUGGAGAUCUUCGCCAAGCUGCUGGGCGCGAGUCCGCUCAAGAUUCAGCUCGACGACGACUUCUUCGAGCUGGGCGGUCACUCGCUGCUCGCCACCCAGGCCAUCUUCCACAUCUCCCAGAAGCUCCACGUCCACCUCCCCAUCAACCUCCUCUUCCAGUCGCCCACCAUUACCGCCCUCGCCAAGCAUGUGGACCGCAUCAAGCAGCUGGGCAGCAGCCGUGUGGAGGCCGAGUCGACGGAGAACCUCAUGGCCCACGCGCAGGCCCUCGAUGCGGCCGUGCGCUUCGUGGCGCCCGCUGCCGAAUCGGCCGCGGCCGCCCUCCCCGCCUCCCCCACCAACGUGUUCAUCACCGGCGCCACCGGCUUUGUCGGCGCGUUCCUGGUGCGUGAGGUGAUGCAGCGCACGAACGGUCGCGUGCUGUGCUUGGUGCGUGCGGAUUCGCCCAAGCAUGCGCUCGCCCGCCUGGAGGCGUCGCUCAAGGCGCACGCCGUGUGGCGCGACGAGUGGCUGGAGCGCCUGGUGCUCGUGCCUGGCGACCUCGCGCGCCCUCGGCUGGGCCUGGACGAGGCGCAGUUCCUCGAGCUGGCGCGCUCCGUGGACGCCAUCCUCCACAACGGCGCCUUCCUCCACUGGCUCCACCCCUACAAGGCGCUCGCCCCCGCCAACGUCCUUGGCACGCAAGAGGUGCUGCGUCUGGCGUGCAGCAGCGGGCGGGCGGAGCCAACGCCGGUGCACGUGAUGAGCACGACCAGCGUGUACGAGGCCACGGAGGUGCACAAGCUGCCCCGCGUCGGCGAACUCGAACUCGACCACUGGCGCGGCAUCGGCGGAGGCUACCCCCAGAGCAAGUGGGUCGCUGACAAGAUGGCCCAAAUCGCCAGGUCGGAGCGCGGCAUCGUAACGUCGAUCUACCGCCCGGCGUACAUCGUGGGUGACACCACUCACGGGCUGUGGAACACUGACGACUUCCUGUGCCGACUGAUAAAGGGCUGCAUCCAGCUGGGCGCCGCCCCCGAGCUCGACGGCGACAUCGCGGCGGACAUGACGCCCGUGGACUACGUCGCGCAUGCCGUAGUGGCCCUCAUGUUCAAGCCGGCGUCCCUCGGUCGCACCUUCAACAUCAUCAACCCGGCGGGUCCUCUGCCCUUCCGCCGUCUCUUCGAGGCCAUUGCCGCCUUCGGCUACCCUGUGCAAGUCGUGCCAUAUGCCGAGUGGCGGCGACGACUGGUCGAGGCCACCAACAGCGGGGAGGAAAACGCUUUGAGCGCGCUGCUGGCCCACUUCGGAGAGGACUGGGCGGCGUCACAGCAUGGUCCGAUCUACGAGCGGCCCAACGCCGACGCCUUCCUGGCCGACGUCAAGGACGCACCGCCUGCGGCGAUCAGCGACGAACUGCUGUGGCGAUACUUCACCUACUUCAUCCACUGCGGCUUCCUUCCAGCACCGCCCAAGCAGCCCAGCAAUGCGCUGGCCAUCGAUUGGGAGCGCAUCUCUGAGGGCGUUCAGUCGCUCACCCUCCUCACACGUACCAACCGUUCAUAA